AUGACUCCUGUACCAGUCCACGCAAGCGGCCGAUCAUCUCGUCUUUGUUGGGUUGCGCGUCUAAAACAGCCAGCGGGAACGGCGGACUGGUGGGAGUGUGCUUCACACCAGGACAUUCGCGAACCUAGAGAUGUGUUGGGGACACCGGGGUCCCCUAGACUAGAUACGCGAGCUCAAGUGCUACAGCGCGCAUGGUCCGCUAACUCUCAUGUGGAGUGUGACAAAGCCAAGAUGGGGUUCUUUUUCCACUUGGAGGAUUUGCAGAAGCUCGAAACACAAAUUCAUCCCUACUUCAAGAAUCUUGUUCCACUCAUGAAGGAAUGGUAUGGGCUGAUGAGGAACAAUGACAACCCGGAUUCAGUACCCUUUGAUGCUGUGCUCGAGAUGUUGGAUAGGCAUCAUGCAGAGCUUCCAAAGGACGAACCAUCUCCUGAGUUGUUAUUUGCCAGAACAAUCCUCAAGUGA